UCAGGGUUACCACACUGCUCACCCGUGAAGCAAUCUUCCCACGGGAGCUGGGUAUCUGGCCAGAAGCUGCCUAUAAAUGUUGGACACGCACGGCGCUGUCAAAUCCCUCUGUGUGGCUCCUUGACUUGGCUUGUGGGAGGUGUCAGCGGAGCUCAGCAGCCUCUUCUUCUAAACACCCAAACCCUCGCUGGUCCACUCCUCAGACAGAGUGCAGGAAGAUGGCGGACCAGAUGUCACAAAUGGAAUGCAGCAUCGAGACCAUCAUCAACAUCUUCCACCAGUACUCUGUGCGGCUGGAGCACCCGGACAAACUCAACCAGAAAGAACUGAAACAGCUCGUGAUAAAGGAGCUGCCAAACUUCCUCAAGAAGCAGAGGAAGAAUGACAAUGCCAUAAACAAGAUCAUGGAGGACCUGGACACAAAUGGAGACAAGGAGCUGAACUUCGAGGAGUUCUCCAUCCUAGUGGGUAGGCUGACGUUCGCCUCCCACGAGGAGAUGCACAAGACCGCCCCUGAAGGAGAAGGCCACAGCCACGGGCCAGGCUUUGGGGAAGGUGGCCAGGGCCACUGCCAUAGCCACGGUGGCCACGGCCAUGGCCACGGUGGCCACGGCCAUGGCCACAGCCACUAAUCGGGAGGCCAGGAUACCCUGCCCCUGCCCAACUAGGGCCACAGAGAAGCCAAACUGCCUUAGCUGGGGGAUUGGGGAAUGGGGGGCAAAAUAAAGUCUUCCUCCAAGCCA